UGCCGGGAGCGGGAUUGGGGAGCGGAGCGGAAGCACUUAGCGGGGCUGUUUAGGUUCCUUUGCUGCAGGCAACAGUAGCAGGGAGCAGGAAGGGGUGAGUUAGCAGCGCAUUUGCUUCAGAUUCGGAGCUUCGGCAUCAGCGGCUAGGUUUUGGGUUGUUUUUUUGAUUGAUCCUUUUCUGAGAAAGGAGGAGAGGUUAUUUGCCCCCGAUUUAGACAGGCCCAGGGGGCUGGGAGCCCCACGCAAGAUCCUAGCAUGCUCUUUUUAGGAGCAUGCCACGGGGGGGAGUGGGGCUAGCAACAGAGGUACGGGCUGGCGUGGUAGUUUCGUUUUUUUCAGAGACUGGAGGGCAUCUUGGCUUGGCGAAGGUGCCCUCUCUAAACUAGUGUGUUUUGUUCGAUUUCCUCUGCUUCAUGCUAAAUCGACGUGUGAAGAUAGUUAGAUGGACCUGACUGUAGCUGCGACUUCAGUUUGCUUUUUAAGGUCCCAGAACCCUCCUGAAGUGUCUUCCCCCCUAAACAGCUCUGUUUGAAAAUUUGCUCACACAGGAAAAGCUGUGGCUUUUUCUCUCUGUGUUUAGCCCAAACUCCUUGUUAGGAUUUAAGCUAUCGCCUCUAUUUGUAAAGGGUUUUUUUGUGCUCUUCCAGUUCCUCCAGAGACUUCUCAGGCUGGUUCAGUGUGCAGCUGAUUAAUGCACUCCUGCAAAAAUUAGUUUACCUCUAGGGGUUCUUUUCAUCUCCCCCCUCCCCCCCCCAAACGAGCAAGGGCAGUGGCUGAAGGAGAAAUAAAAAUCCAGGGAGAACCAGAACCUGGUGCAGCUAGUGCAACAAGGGGCAAAACCAACAGUUCCAGAGCAGAGCAGUGUCAGUAAAGGUGUAUAUGGGAAUGGUGCACUUUGUGUCAAUGGUGUGGCGCAGGCUGCUGCGGAAGCGUUGGGUCCUGGGUAUUGUAUUUGGACUCUCCCUCAUCUAUUUCCUUACCAGUACCUUCAAACAGGAAGAGAGGACGGUACGCGAUCGGAAUCUUCUCCAAGUACAGGAACAUGAGCCCAUCAUGUGGAAGGUGCAGUUCAGCCUGGGAAAUAGCAGUCAGCGGAGUAACCAGUGCAGAAAUUCUGUCCAGGGAAAGCUAUUCAUUACGGAUGAGCUGGGCUACAUCUGUGAAAGGAAGGACGUGUUGGUGAAUGGCUGUUGUAACGUCAACGUGCCUAGUGCAAAGCUCUAUAGUUGUGACAGCUGCCUGCCCAAUGGUUGUUGCAGCGUGUACGAGUACUGCGUUUCCUGCUGUCUGCAGCCCAACAAGCAACUUCUCCUGGAGCGUUUCCUGAACCGGGCAGCUAUUGCUUUCCAGAACCUCUUCAUGGCAGUGGAAGAUCACUUUGAGUUGUGCUUGGCCAAGUGCAGGACUUCAUCACAGAGCGUGCAGCACGAAAACACCUACAGAGACCCCAUUGCAAAGUACUGCUAUGGCGAGUAUCCCCCUGAGCUCCUGCCUAUUUGAAAGCUGCAUAAUCUGAACUAACAUGGGGAAAACAAACUGAGGAUCGGCGUCUGGAACUGCAAGACAAGAGCUGCUUGUACAAGAGCUUAAACUCUCAUCUUGAGAUUUCCAAAGACAAACAGAGUGAUUUGCAAUCUAAGCUUGGGACUUAGUUCUUGGGAAAAUCUCUCCUAUUUAGACUGAAGAACAUGAUAGACCUGCCGUGGAUGGGUGGGAGGGAAUCCUUUGAAUGGUUAAUCUAAUUGAAGAGCUACCAUUUAGGAUACACACAAUGGAUUUAGUCUGUAGAUCUGCAUAGAAAAGGGCAUAAUACAGCCUUUCAUCUGUACAUAGAAGUUAAAUUAUAUCCCCAAAGAACAUGGACUUUAGACCAACUGCUGUAGAUAUGAAGAGGGAUUUUUGUGUGCGUAAAAGGUAAAAAAUGCCUAUGGAGCUUAUCUCCUUCAGCAUCCACAGUGCAGACUUUAUAUGUAACUAUGAAUUAUUUAUUGGGUUUAUAUGGAAUAGCUGAAAGUAUUGAUGUUUCUUGUAGCCAUUGGCUGACUCCUUCCAAGCCAUAGAUUAUCCUGGAGAAAGGUCAUCCUUCAUCUUGACCAAAAUAACUCAUCUCUCUCUUCUGUCAGGGUUUUUUUGUUUGUUUGUUUGUUUUACUGGGGCCCAUCCCUAUAAUCUUUGUGUGCCUCUCAGUUUAAACUGGCAUAGCAAAGUCCCCUCUGGAGUUCUUGGAGCCUUCAGUUCCCAUAACAUGAGAGAGAAAGUAGAGCUCAGAAUGGGCUGGGGUGUUUUAUGAGUGGAUGCAUAUGCCAUCCUAGUUGGAAAAGCUUACCUAAAGAAAGUCCCACAGGGUAACCCAACUCUUGAUUAUUCAGAUCUCCUUGCCUGAAGUACUGAGGCUUCUGCUGCUUGUACUGCACAUCAGCAUGGCUCCAAAAUGCUUCGCUCCUGGUUGUGCAGGGGCAGGAAGCAAAAGGACUGAGGUGUUUUGGGAUCCUGAUUUUAAUGAGAUCCUGAUGUAGUAAGUAAUUAGACUAAAAUGUCAGGACAUGUGGCUCUAGCCUUCCUCUGAAGUUAGAUUAGCGGCCAGUUUUGCAAUAGUUCUAUUAACAGCUUAUUAAUGACAUUCCAGCAUGGGGUUCUGACCUGGCUGCUCAGAGGACUCUCUAGUUUGAGAUUUCAAUCUAAUUAGCAUGCUAAUUGAACACAGUGUUGAUUUCCCCCUGCAGUUUCCUAUCACUCUUGAAGGCUGCAGUUAUCUUUUCUUCUGAUGCCUCUGUGAGGCCAGCCUGAAAGAAGGGAGUUGGGAGAAAUGUUUUUCUCAUGCUUCUAAAUGCUGAGAGAAUUUGUUUCCUGAAAGUCAGACUCCUAGCACUAAGCCAAAGGAGGCAGUUCUGGUGUAUAUAGCACCUGACUCCUAUUCUCUUUCACUCUUGCCUCUACCAUAUCUCUGCACCUUGUGUGUUGCCAUGGUUCUGACUUUGUGCUCAUGUAUGUUAAUCAAUACCUCUUAUUCCUCCCUUGGGAUAAAGCAGUUUACCUAAUUAAGAAAUUAGAAUAAUGUGGCCGGUAUUCUAUGACAUCCCUUUGUUAAAAUAUUCUUUAUCCCAUUGCAGAUUGUUCUGUUGUGCUUAUAGUUAAACUGCAUGUGGCAUAAGCAAGAAUUAAAAAGUUACCAGCCGUCUCUGAUACGUGAAAUUGUGAAAACUCACUUGCAUUUUUUCCUCAUCCUUUCCUAAAAGUUUUCAAAUGAGAUAAGGUCUCGGAAAAUAAAAUGUCCCUGCCUGCA